UAAUAACACACAAUUUCUUUUUUACAGCUAUCAGUGUGGAUGGGAUGGACAAGCGCAGAUACCAGUGCCCAGAUAAUUUCAUCCGGCUAGCCAACAGCUGUUACUACCUGAGUGUUUAUAUGGACACAUGGCGAGGGGCUCAGUUUACGUGUCAAGACAUGAAUGGCAGCCACCUCGCUACGCCAGACAGAAAGUGGAAAGAUCGGAGGCUCAAGAAACUCCUCAGCAUGGAAAUGGCAGCACGUCUAGAAAGGUGGAUAGGUGGCAUCUUUGACUGGGGACGGCACAAGUGGGUCUGGGGAGCAACUGGCCGGCGUAUCAAAUAUCAGGGAUUCACGAGGCAUUCGAAUAAUGAGAACGAGUGGCACUGCAUCGCCAUGGACCCGGUACUACUUUAUCGCUGGAAAUCGGAGAGCUGUGUCAAACGCAAACACUACAUCUGCGAGUUACCACUACGCAACAUCGGAGCCAAGCCCACCGACAUCUACCCUAGGCGACGUAAGGGACACCGGAGGAGGAAGGGGCACAAACGGCGCAAGAACCGUUUCAACAAGGAACCAAACAGUAUUCUGUAAAUAACUUAUCUUCUUUAAGUUGGAACUUUGUUCUGACUUACAGAUGAAAAUGACUACCAUUGGACGGACAAACUAUGGAUUUAUUUGAUUCCUUGAGAUCUGUAACAAUCUAAAAACAUAUGCAGUGUGUGUUUUUUUAAGUUGCCAUCUUGAAUUCCCUCAACAAUAAUUACGGUGAACUGACACACAAAGUCAUAUACUAUCGUUUGUUAAUGAUGUUCAAACAAGAUUACCACACAGUAGUUGCUAGUUUAUCAAUGUUUUAGUUAAUGUUUGGAACUUUGCUAUUAGUUCCUGCAUAUACUGUAUUGAAUCACUAAGCACGAAAAUAAAAUAAAAAUAAUUAUAACUCUGCUAACUAUAAGAAAAACAGGUAACCAAAACUCAAAUACUAAAAUGGCAUACCUAUUCUGUAAAGACAAAAUAUACAACACAUAUGUGUUAAUUAUAUGGUAAAUAUAAAAUGUAGGCUAAUUUACUACCAUAGCUGAUAAUCUAGCUUAUUGAUUAUUUAUAUUCACCUUUGUACAAAAGUUAUCUAAGUUAAGAAUAUUUGUUUAGUAUAAAAUAAGCUUCUCUUGUUUGUACGUUUUCUUGUGAAUAAUAUUAAUUACAUCUUUAAUAACCUAAAUGUAUUAACAUGAGCGUAUAAUAAUGAUCUGUAGAUUAUACAUAAAAGUUGUUUAAAAUAUG